UCCAUUGAAACACAAGCAAACACCUAACCCCAUUUAUAUAUAUUCAUAUACAAACCAACUUAGCCAAGACUUCAAUAAUUCAUUUCUUGAAAUUUGACAUCUUCAUCAAGAUUCAAGACUGCCAAUAAUGUCUCUGAGACCCUCUAAACAGAAACCCUCAUCGUCCGACGCACCCAAAACCCCGGGAAGAACCCAAUCAAGUCUGCGAUCUCUCCCACAACGAGCCCUCUCACAAACCCUAACAAGCACGGCAAACCUAGCCAACCUCCUCCCAACAGGGACCCUCCUGGCCUUCCAGCUCCUCACACCAAUCUUCACCAAAAAUGGGGCGUGUGACGCUGCCACGCGCCCCUUGACGGUCAUCCUCCUCGUCCUUCUCUCUUUUUCUUGCUUCCUGGCUUGCUUCACGGACAGUGUCAGGUCAUUAUCAGAUGGGCAGGUCUACUAUGGUCUUGCCACUUUUAAAGGUUUGUGGUUGUUCGACUACUACAACUACCCAGAUGGCUCGGGUUCAGGGUUACCGGAUUUGAGUAAGUACCGGAUCAGAUUUAUUGAUGGUGUUCAUGCUGUUUUGUCAGUGCUUGUGUUUGGUGCUGUGGCAAUGAGAGACAAGAAUGUGUUGGGUUGCUUGUAUCCAAACCCAAAUCAUGAGACUCAGGAGGUGCUGGACAUAGUUCCUGUUGGGAUUGGACUCAUUUGCAGUUUGUUGUUUGUGGUUUUUCCUACCAGAAGGCAUGGAGUUGGGUACCCACUCACACCAGGAAAAUGAUCAUGUGGACCUUUUGUUUCAAGUUUUGAUUCUAAGAAAUCACUUGAUUUGAUUUGUUUAUUUAUUGUAUAAAAUAAAGAUAUCGAUUUUCUUA